UAACAAGUUGAGUGUGUGCUUAAGAGGAGUUUAAAAGUGUUAGCCUUAGAAAGUAGAUGAGCCUCUCCCACAAACCACAUUUUUUUUAAUUUAGGACUUUACGGAGUGUGCUGAAAGACAAAAUGAGGCUGAUCAUCUCCAUUUUUACAGGAGGCAACCCCCUGCUUACUAGGCAAGAACCCGUAUGAGAACAUUCCACUGACUUUGUAUGCCUUAGUAAACAGCCAUUUACAGUAUCGAUGCAUAAAAUGUAAAUAGUAGGAAGUAAUCAAUUGUAAAUAUCGUUUCACUUUAUUUUAUUAUUAUAGUUUGAAGAAUGCCGUAACUGUGAAAACCAGUGCAGAUUAUUAUACAUGUGCAACACUGUUAAACCAUUUUUCAGUAAGAUAAUUGUAAUUUUUCCAUGUGUUUAUUGAAAAGGAAAAAGCUGACUAAUCACAGAAAUAAUGAUUAGUUGAGUAGAAACAAGUGCUCAACUAGAACAUUUGGAAUUUGUGUUACAGCAUUUCAUGUUUUUAACUUAAAUAUCAAAUAUUACAGAAAGUUAGCAAAUCGGUAGCAAGUAUGCAGGUGCUUCAGUAUAGUGGCAUAAUCAUCAACAGGCACGUUUGUUUUAUAAGAGGUUAAAAGUAAUUUGUUUUAACCAGCGUUUCAGGAUCAUGAGGACAUUUUCAGUCAUGUCUUGGUGAAGCAGCAAUGAAAAACGUGUUUCUUGAUUAUGUAAAUAAAAACAUUUAAGAGCAUAUUUUAGCCAAGAAAGCUCAUUAGCAAAUUCUAGUUUAAGGCUUCUAUAGGAGAACAACAAGCAGACAUGUUUCAAACUUUAAUUAAAGUGCUCUGAUCCUGGAUCUGGGAAGGUUCUGGAGUGGCUGGUCUGAGGAGCUGGAGAGUGAUGAUGGAGAAGCAAGACAGAACAUCUUCAGAAGCUCCUGUAAGACAAGUAUAACAGUCGUUAAAAAAAAAAAAAAAAAAAAAAAACAAUAGUGUGGCCAGGUGGAUAAACGAGGGCUCGGGCGGGAUUAGAUCCCCAGACUCCCGGGCGAGAGUCAUAUGCUCUAACCAGUCAGCCAAAGGAACAUAACCCUUGGCCAAGUAGGCAGGGCGCAUCAUCAAUCGGGACGUUGCGACAGCGCACACACACACACACACACACACACACACACACACACACACACACACACACACACACUGUCACAAUAGUAAAUACUGAAAGUGGAUGAACUUAAGAAGAAUGGAGUUUUGGACAGAAAGAGCACUGAUGUUUCAGCUGGACUCACGAGCCACGAGGACAGACUGAUACGGCAGCCACACUUUUAAGUAAUCAUCAGGUCUGACUGAAACAGCGUUUCUGCCUUUUACAGGUGGACAGAAAAAAUAAUAAUGUUGACACAUUGUUGAUAAUAUUACUACAUUUCAAGGCUUUUUCAAUACAGUGAAAUUAGUUGAAACAGAGCCGAGUUGUAUUAGAAAACAGCAAUCCGCACAGCCCGGCGAAUCUGGGAUGAAUUAGUGCUGCCUCAACCUCCUCGUCUUUCAUUGGGUCACUGGAGUUUAAAUUAAGUGGAUGAGAAACCCAUGGGGAGGGCUCUGCAUAAAUGAGAGUAAAGUUGAAUUUUAAACGCGUUAAAACUGUCACAAAGUGGCGUUAAAAGCGGCGUUUUAUGUCACAGAACGGCGAAAAAAGCGGCGUUCAAUGUCCGUACCAAACGCCGUAUUUUACGCCACCCACACAGAGAACGCGUCUGGGAUUAGGGUGACGUAAAAAACGGCGUUCAAUGUCCGGAAAAAACGGCGUAUUUUACGGGCGUUCUACGGGACCGUUCAGAACGGCGUAAAUUACGGCGUUCUGGCAGAGUUUUCGCCGUAUUUUACGACGUCUUGGCACAUCAAACGGCGUUUUUUUCGCCAUUUCUUAACUAGACGGGUUGGGAAAGUGGCGUAUUGUGACGGUUUUGGCUUGCCAUACCGCAGAGACGAGCCGCACAAACCAUAAACGCUGCGAGUUGUGAAGCGCGUUCCAGCCGCGAGCCGCAUCACCGCGCGGAAAGUGAAUGCGUCAAGCAUAAACCACUUGGGGUUGGGGGGUGUGCUCCACACAGAGUGGGAGGAGGAGGAGGGUUGAUGCAGAAUUCAUGAGACACCAGAGAGGAGGAGCAGUCAUGUCUGAGCAGAGUAGAUGAGAUUACAAAAGAAGGUUUUAGAAUCCAUCUUUAGUUGUGAGUGAGUCAAUUUCAGGUUGCUGCUGCACAGAGAAGAUGGAGAAAGGAAGGAGGAGAAAGAAGGAGAGGAACCUUCUGUCACCAUAAGGGAGUUUCUCAGUGUUGACUCUUCUGUGGACGUCCGACUACAGCAGCUUGUUUUAGGAAGGAAACAAACUGCAUGGUGACUUCAGCAUGCAGAGUUCACUGGAGGAGAGUCAGGAUGAUGGAGGGAGGAGAACGAGGAGCAGUGAACUGAUGAAAAAAAGAACAGAACAGAGCAAGGUGGAAAGGGACACACUGAUGAUGGAGCUAAACGGGAUGGUGCAGAAGAUGAUAAAUGAGAGCAGCUGGUGGGAAAGGAGGGGGGUAGACUGCAGCAUCCUGAUGGCAGCAUUCGUCAGUCUGCCGACUGCCUUUCUGCAGCUGGGUUCCUCUCAGCCACUGUGGUUUUCUUUGGGUGUGAUGUUGGGAGUAGCUCAUGCUGUCAUCACCGUCAAAGGGACACAUCUGGCGAGCCACAGAGCGUUGAGCGAAUCACAGGUCUGGGGGAAGUUUUGGACCACCUUCUUCAUCGAGGUCUGCAGCUCAUUCUCCGCUGAGGCUGGAGUCCACGGGCACAUUAAGAUGCAUCACGCUCAUACUAAUGUGAUUGGGCUGGGGGACUCCAGCAUCUGGAAGGUUUCCUUGCUGCUUCGGAUCAUCUACCUGUUCAUUGCUCCUCUGGCUCUUCCCGUCAUCACACCACUCGUGGCCUUCGCUCAUCUGAAAGGACGUGCGUUGGUUCUAGUGAUCAGGACAGUUCUGAUGGUUGGGCUGGGUCUGUAUUCACAGCUCUGGCUGCACAUCAACGUGUCUGGGUUCAGGUCCAUGCACAGCGCCCUGUUCUGCAUGCUUGCAUGCAGAGCCAUGUUCUCUGUUCCAUACAUCCAUGUCAAUAUCUUCCAGGAACUUCCGGGUGGUUUUAAGGCAGAAAAACGAACAACAGCUGAACUACUGAGAUAAACGACAGGAUUUGACGGCAGCGUGUGCGCUGGUUGCUGAUCUGGUCUUCAGAGCAAACAAGCUAACCAGAGUGAAACGGUGCUAUUCCGGUCAGCAUGCACUAUUCUGCACAUCUGCCUCUGUGCUGGUGAAGUUGUGGCCCUGGAGGAUGAGCCUGAGGAAGAUGCUGCAGACGACGAGAGGCUGGUAUGGAGGUGGUCAGCGGUGCUUUCUCCUAGAGGAGGUACCAACAGACCACGACUGCUGUUAACAGGCAAGUCAUUUAUGUAGGAACCUCUAUUAAAAACAAUGCUGUGGUUUUAUUUGCUGAAGAGUCACAAUUGUUAUACCAGUGGAUCCAUAAACCGCCUCCUCAUUUCAUGUUUCUGAAAACGUCUUGUUGUCGACUGAGCCAGCCCAGCAGUCCCAGUAGAUGGACGAUGGAGUGGACAGUGAGAGGAAGCAUCCCAAAGUUCUCUCUGCAGACCGUCCCGUGUGAUGUUCCACCCGCUGACCAGAAACGUCCAGCCACGGGUCUGUUCCAGCGCUUCAUCCACGUCUGGAUCCUCCUGCAGCAGAUCCAGCUGCACUGUUAAAGACUUCCUGCUCGCUCAGUUUAAAUAAAUGAUCCAGGAAAAAAGUAACUCAUUUUAAUCCUGCUUUAACCGUACAUAACUGUUCCACAUUGGUUUUGAUCUGUAAAUAAUAGUCACGUAUUCUAAAUAAUCUUGUCUCCUUACCAUCUUUUCAUUUUCUGUUCAUGUAACACGUUCAAAAACAUCUGUAAUAAUAAAACUGGUGAUAAAAUGAAUGACCAGAAAGUGUUUUCAGUUAAUAUUUGCUUUAAUAAAUGUUUUCAAAUAUCAAACAAGUAAAUAACAUUAACAUGAUAACAGUCCUCUCUCCCUGGAGGACAACCUGGAUACCUGCAGUCCUAAACAGAGAAAUCAGAGAUCACAGGUGACUAAAAGGCAAUUACUGUAACAUUUAUCCACAUGAGAAGAUAAAAAAAUAUUAGCCUGGCCUGCCAGACUCCUGCUCUGUUUAAUUCUGCACAGAGACAGGGUCUGGGAACUCUCCUAUUCAGAUAACCCCACCCCGUGAGGAUUCUAACCGAGCCAAUCAGCGCUGAAUAGCGUACGAUACACACCACAAUGCCGAGUUUGUCAUAAACAUGGCGACUGAAGG